GGCCAGAGUUUGCCAGAAGUCUGGAGUGUGCUUUCAGCUUGAAAAAGGCCUCAUGAGAAAAAACAUCUUUCUGUAGUCAGCUUGCAUGCUCUGGCCCAUGUGUCCACGCAGAGCAAAACCCUGGAAAAUGCAAGUAUCAAGAAACACCGUUUGUUUGGCCGCUGACUUCCCUGUGUGUCUGUGCACUGUGCACAUCUUUUUCCAGCUGCCCGUUCUACACUCUCCAGCUUCCCUCGACAGUCCGACUUUUAACUGAUGUGGUUUGCUUGCAAAAUACAACUUUAUUUUUGAAGCAGCUUUGGACGGGUUCCGGAUUGGAGGUGAAACCAUGAAGAGAAAGUAGAACAGAUAAUAAUGCUUUACCGCAAUCGCUUCCUGGUGCUGCUGGCCCUGGCUGGGCUGCUGGCCUUCCUGAGCCUCAGCCUGCAGUUUUUCCACCUGAUCCCAGUGUCCACAACCAAGAAUGGAGGAAGCAGCAAGAGUCGGAAGAGGAUCAUGCCUGACCCAGUGACGGAGCCCCCCACAGUAGACCCGGUUUAUGAAGCUCUUCUGUACUGCAACAUUCCGAGUGUGGCCGAGCGCAGCAUGGAAGGUCACGCCCCGCAUCAUUACAAGCUGGUCUCGGUUCACGUGUUCAUUCGCCACGGGGACAGGUACCCACUGUAUGCCAUUCCCAAAACAAAGCGACCAGAAAUUGACUGCACUCUAGUGGCUAGCAGGAAACCCUAUCAUCCUAAACUGGAAGCUUUUGUUAGUCACAUGUCAAAAGGAUCCGGAGCCUCUUUUGAAAGCCCCUUAAAUUCCCUACCUCUUUACCCUAACCAUCCUCUGUGUGAGAUGGGAGAGCUCACGCAGACAGGAGUCGUGCAGCAUCUGCAGAAUGGCCAGCUGCUGAGGGACAUCUACCUGAGGAAACACAAACUCCUGCCAAAUGACUGGUCCUCAGAACAGCUUUACCUAGAGACCACUGGGAAGAGCCGCACCCUCCAGAGUGGGCUAGCCUUGCUCUACGGCUUCCUCCCAGACUUUGACUGGAAGAAGGUUUAUUUCAAGCACCAGCCAAGUGCCCUGUUCUGUUCUGGAAGCUGCUACUGCCCACUGAGAAACCAGUAUCUGGAGAAGGAGCAGCGACGGCAGUACCUCCUCCGUCUGAAGAACAGUGAGCUGGAGAGGACCUACGGGGAGAUGGCCAAGAUUGUGGACAUCCCCACCAAGCAGCUCCGGGCGGCCAACCCCAUUGACUCCAUGCUCUGCCACUUUUGCCACAACGUCAGCUUCCCCUGCAGCAGAAGCGGCUGCCUUGGCAUGGAGCACUUCAAGGUGAUCAAGACGCACCAGAUAGAGGAUGAGCGCGAGAGGCAUGAGAAGCCCCUGUACUUUGGGUAUUCGCUACUCGGGGCACACCCCAUCCUGAAUCAGACGGUCAACCGGAUGCAGCGUGCUGCUGCAGGCUGGAAGGACGAGCUGUUCACCCUCUAUUCUGCUCACGACGUCACUCUGUCCCCAGUCCUCAGUGCCUUGGGGCUUUUGGAAGCCAGGUUCCCAAGGUUCGCCGCCAGGCUGAUCUUUGAGCUCUGGCAAGACCGUCAAAAGCCCAGUGAACAUUCUGUCCGGAUUCUUUAUAAUGGGGCUGACGUCACCUUCCACACCUCUUUCUGCCAUGACUUCCACAAGCAUUCUCCCAAGCCCAUGUGUCCUCUUGAGAACUUGGUUCGCUUUGUCAAAAGGGAUAUGUUUGUAGCCCUGGAUGGCAGUAGCACUAAUUAUUAUGAUGCGUGUCAUGGGGAAGGGGCCUAAAAGGUGUUUAGCACAGCGCUGUUUUCUUGCUGGUUCUGUCCGUUGCUAAAUCAUGGUGUGGAGUUCUAAUGGCUGCAGAUUAAGUUGGGUGAUCAUGCCCGUGGUUUCGGACAAACAGGAAGCACACAACAGUAUGUUACUUGGUACAAAAUAGCCGUUCACAGAGAAAAAAAGGUCCAUUAUUAUAGCUGUGUGCAGCUUAGAAUGCCAGCAUCAGAUUCAGUACUCAAAGUUGCCAAUCCAAGCUUAUAUGUGAUUGGGCCUGCCAUGGAACCAGCAAAGCCCUGCCAACAUUUUCUUAAUCCCGGAAUAUUUACCUUAACCUUGUUGAGUGGAGAUUUUCCCAAAGU